AUGGACCGCGUCGGCAACGGACAGGAUCAGGAUGGGUUCCACCAGGGAAUGGAUGCCGCAUCGGCUGUCGCGACCGCUGGAGCAACCAGCAUUGACUCUGGUGCUGCCGCUGUUGUUGAUGCCGGCAAACCCGACGUGACCAAGCCCAUCGCGACCACAUCUUCCUCGAUCAAAUCACCACGAAGAAACCCGUCACUAAAAAGGACGAAGAACUCGGCCGAAGAUUUGCGAGCGCGUCGCGGUGGAAGCUCAGGGAAUAUCGCUCCCGACGCCGUGGCUACGGCACGAGCUGGCCGGAACUUCACCGUGGGAAACGUUGGGAAUAAUGGGAUUAUAUACUUGAGACCCGUCAUUCGACCCGGCGCCCAAAGGACGCGUCCAGCGCCUCCUCCAUUCGUCUUUCCUCCAAUCCCUCCACCAGACGAAGCACGAGAUCUUCGAACGCGACCAUCGAGCGAUGCCGGUAUAGAGGGCCUCUAUACCGGAUUCUGCACUCCACUUCCAGGACAAACCCGAGAAGAAGAACCCGGUCAUGAGGAUCCGCAGUCAAUCGCUCAAUCUUCCCCAUUUAGUGGCUCUCAUAACCGUGCCCAUUCCUUCUCCACGGUCGACGAACACGCGCAAGCGCAGUUGCAAGAGCGGGGACAGUCAAUCAAGGUGGUGAUUCAUAGACCUUCCCUGCAUCGACCGAAAACCGCGGAUACAGGACCAUUGCCUGUGCUGGAAGUUCCUAUUCCUCACUAUCGACUUGGUACUCCCCAAUUUAACCAGGAUACAACGGUGUUGCGGAGCUCCGUGUAUACAAGAGCUUCCGUCAUCGAGGACCCUCGCUCGUCCGUGUUCUCGAGGAACGGUCAUGAGAGACUGUUUCCCUCCCCCCCCGUCAUGGCUUACUCGUCCUACAUCUCCGGACGCGAGUUGGAGGCGCCAUCGAUCACUCGACAGCUCUCAUCUCGAAGUCGUACGUCGGGAAGGCCCUCGCCUCUCCCCCCGGCGUCCGAGCGUGCGUCGAAGAUCGUCAUCGUCCCCGAACUUUAUGAUGCCUUGACCCUCAAUCCGGACGAUCCCACGUCCGUUCGAUUCGCCCCUAGCUCCGGCAACAUCGUCGCGGCCACCCCGUCGCGUCUCAUCGCUCAUAUCACAUCGCCGAGCUUCCUCGACUAUGAAUUGCUUUCGGACUUCUUCCUCACCUUCCGUGCGUUCAUGGCAAGCCAUGAUCUGAUCGCACAUCUGAUUGCGCGCAUGAGAUGGGCCGUGGACCGCGCGGACGACUUUGGACGGAUCGUGCGAGUUCGGACCUUCGUCGCGGUGCGCCACUGGAUCUUGAACUAUUUCGUCGACGAUUUCAUGCCGGAUUACCGACUGCGCUCGCAAUUUUGCAUGCUAACGAAUGGCUUGUAUGAAUACCUGCGCAAUCGAGUCAGUGGGGGAGGAGGAGAUCAGAAAAUCAUCGGAGAAUUGAAAAAGUGCUGGAGGCGGACGUGCUCGCAAUAUUGGGAUGAUGGGGUUGCGAUAGGGUUCGACGCACCGGACAAUGACAUCCACGCGGGGCCACGGGAUGGAACGGAUGGGUUUACUACGAAAGUCGAGGCCAGUCAGUUCGUGAUGUCAAAGCAACAGAACGGGAACCGGCCAAUGCAGCUGACUGGCAUCCUCGUGAACCGUUCAGCUGGUAUCGGGGAGUCCGAAGGCGUCAGGUCUCUCAAAUCUCUCUACCACACCCCGCAACAUUCCCUCACUUCCGGGGUACCGUGGUCGGCUCCGACGGUUGAAGGAGUGCCAAUCUCUCCCUCGAGCGAGCGGAGUAUCCAGGCGCUAUCGUGCUCGAUUCCGAUGCGUCCGGUAUACCGCGUCGAUCAUGGCGGAGAUAUCCCUCUCUACCCUCACCCGGUUCAGAUUCCUCCUGGAUCCGCGACUAUAGGUCAGGCAGCUCCCCGUGCCAGUCGCCCGGCUCGGACGCACAAGCGAAGUGGCAGCUUCUCGGAUGCCCUCCGGGAUAACCGUGCACCCCUGGCAACCCCCAAGAGAUCCCCGGAAGAAGCCCAAGCGGUCGCGCAGGCCCUACCGGGCAGUUUGAUCCGAGGAGCCAUCUUUCAGCCGGAUAGUCCCUACGUCGAAGUUCGUGUCGGCGCGAGCAUCAAGUCCAUGAGAUCAUACGCUGACGUCCUUCUUGUCGAUCCCACCGAUCCCAACUCUGUGAAACAACCUGUCGCCACUGGUCCGGGCAUGAAGAAGUUACUAGGCACCGUCCGCCGCGCCCUCACCAGUAAGCACCCGCCGGUUCCCGUGACCCCGAGAUCCGGAACUCACAUCGAAUUCUCUGCGCCGUCGACCAACAAGGUAUCCCGCGCCGGUACGACCGCGUCAGUUUCGACUACGGCUCGCACACCCAGCAAGAAGCGAGCUCGUGGCCGCAAGCAAGUCCGCAUCGACAUGCUUUCGGCCAGGGCAGGCGAGAGUUUUCGUAAAGCGAUUACCAUCCAGAUGGAACUCGAAAAUACCGGGCUGGAGCGAGGAUUCCGCAGCCGCAACCUACACGCACCACGCGAUUCCUUCCAGCUUCAAGAGCCGCAUGCUCCAGAAGACCAUACAAGGAAUCGGAAAACGGCCGAUGCGGUUACCGCGGGAAGUCGGUCGAUUGUCAUCAUGGACGAUACCGGGGGACCCGAAGUACCGUGGAUGUCAGGGGCAUUGCCACCCUCCACUCUCGCGACGGAGUCGUUGGUAGGAUCGCGGCGGCCGUCGAUGCCGAAACGAUCGACGAGCUUGCCGAAGCAUGCAACGUCCGGGUCAAGGGCGAUGUCGAUCGACCAAGUGAUCGAGACUGGACUAGACAAUACGACCUCUCCUGGGGAGUCGCCGCUGCUUACAAAGAACUCGAGUGGGUCCCGUGUAGUCGAGUCCCGACGACCUACCGGGUAUCCUAGAAACCGGCUCAGGAAACAUCGGUCGGCCUCAUCCUCUCAAUUGCGAUACCCCUCUUACCAUAGCGGUGAGGCCGACCACAGGGCACCGCUCAGUUUCGCUACAUCCGGAAUAUCGGAGCAGCAAUCCCAAGCCCAAUCCCAGUCCUCUGAGAACGAUCCGUUCUUCCUGGAAAAUACCCCCAUGCGGCCUCUGCGGCGCAGACCCGGCGGCGACCUCCGCGCUGUAGAUAAUGUACACGACUUGGAGCCGGUCACGGACCGUCCGCGCUCAGCUGGAUCACUCUCUAACCUCACUCAUUCGGUCACAAACUCAUUUGCCGUCAGUCCCCUUGAACCUGGGGGACUAAGCCUGGAGACCGAGCUUGCUCGGCAGUUUAUCAAAGAAAAGUCGUCCGUCGGAACAGGCUCCCCAGACCCGUCGAAGUUACGGAGGUCAAUCUCUCUCGUUGACACACAUUCCUCUCAACAAAAUCUACGUCCGUCUUUCGAGGCGGAAGUGGCCAAGCUCGCUGCGUUACCCGACGACGCAUCCGAUGACGGCGGUAUUGAGUCGGCGCUACUUAAGUUGGAAGGGAAGUAUGAGAAGCGGGCUUCCGACAUGUCGCAAUCCGAUCCAUCAUCGACGCCUGUUGGCAAGCCCAGCGCGUGGGAGCCUUCUCCCCUUGGAUUGGACCCAUCCGAAGAGGAAGAGAGAAUGAGACAUCGGAAUGAGCAGGUUAUUGAUCUCGAUAACCAGAAACCCAUUCUUCAACGGCUUUCCUCCGAUCCCCUGCCUCCGGAGACUCAAGGGGAUAGUAUCUACCAGGUCUCUUAUUCAUCGGGUCAUGACCUCCCCUCGCGAGUGGUACCCACCGUCUCUGUUGCUGCGCGGUCCGAAGAUUCGUAUUCCUCAGUGCCCUUGCUUGAAAGGGGUUUAAGCGGCAUUGUGACUCGCCCCCCGAAAUCAUCACCGCGUAUCGACCCGAGGAAACAGAAUGCUCCCCAAGAUCAGUCAACGAUAACUAUCGAUGCCGUUGAUCUCACCCCGCAGCAGGGGUCCGCCGCUUCAUCAAUGGAACAUAUCGAGAAGACAGACAGCAUGCGCCGCAUUCCCAAGGGCGAAACCCUUCCAAGCUCUUUCCAAACGCGGGGAAGUUUCCUACUAGACGAUCAUGAGGCUCUCACCGACGGAUCACGGUCUUCCGGAGAUUUGGUCGGUAACUCCGAAGACGCCAGCCAACGGGUUCGGAGUUUUUUCGAUGAUGAGCCCGCGGAUGACGAUGAGGAUGGCGGCAAUUCCAUGUUCACACAUCCGCUUCGUUUCCCUCCCACUCCUCCAUUUUCCGACGAUCAAUCAAAGCGCCUGGCCCUCCCUGUCGAACCAAAGGAUCAACGGAUUGUCCAGGUUCAAUCGCCUCACAGUCCGCCCACUGACCUUCCUCCCACUACCCCGACUAGCCGUCGCAAACACCCCCAGCCUGCUCUCCGUGUUCCUUCCGCCCCCUCCAGCCGUGUCCCAUCCAUCCCACCUCAUCUCCCCUUCAUCCUCACCCAUGACGCCGAGUACCUCACUCAGCAAUUCACCAUCAUCGAGAAAGAUGCUCUUGAUGAAAUCGACUGGAAGGAGCUGAUCGAACUCCGCUGGAAGCAGUCAUCCCCUUCCAUCCGUGAUUGGGUGGAUUACCUCCGCACGCAGACUCCUCGCGGCGUCGACGUGGUCAUCGCCCGAUUCAACAUCAUGGUCAAAUGGGCCGUUUCGGAACUCAUCCUUACCGAGUCGCUCGACGAGCGCGUUCACUGCAUCGUGCAGUACAUCCGCAUCGCCGCGCACGCGAGGCAGAUCCGGAACUACGCCACGAUGUACCAGAUCACGAUCGCCCUGCUCAGCAGCGACGUGUCCCGCAUGAAGCGCACAUGGGACGCGGUGCCGGCCGCCGAUCUGGAGGUCCUCACUGAACUCGAACGGCUAGUCCAACCGGUCCGCAACUUCCACAAUCUCCGCAUGGAGAUGGAGACGGCCGCGGUCGAGAAGGGGUGCAUCCCCUUCAUCGGCAUCUACACGCGCGAUCUCGUGUACAAUGCGCAGAAGCCGGCGUUCAUCACCAGCGCGCCGCAGAACCCAGCGGGAGAACCGCUAGUGAACUUCGAGCGGCAUCACAUAGCGGCGGCGAUCGUGAAGAGUCUCCUGAGGCUGCUGGAGGCGAGCUCGAAAUAUCAGUUCCACCCCGACCCGGUAGUAAUCGGCAAGUGCUUGUGGAUCACAGCGUUGGGUGACGAGGAGAUCACGGCGAUGAGUCGACUUAGAGAGUAG